UACAUUGAAUUCUUUAUCAAUGCAUUGCAGAAUCCUUGUGAUGUUAUAAAUUUCUCAGGCAACGCUAAGAUUCACCGGGAUUCUUUCCUUUCAGUAUUCAACAUCUCUGGCCUACCCGAAGAAUUUUAUCACAACAGCCUUUUGUCCAGAGGUGAAGAUGAUAACUUUGUAGAUGGAGCAGUUAUAGCAGCAGCUCGAACUCUACCAAGUUGGUCAGAUGGAGAUAUGCCUCCACUCCCAAGUGUUGAAAGAAGAGCUGCAAGGGAAUUGCAAGCAGAAUGCCGUCAAAUGUUAGCAGAGUUGCCAACUACCUCUCAAGAAGAUCAACAUUUCCUAGAGUCUAAUUCCCAGACAAGGACCAGCGAGGCUGCCAUCAAGUACAGAUUACAUCGCAAAUUGUUUAUUGAAAAGGUCGUUCAGGCGCUGGAAAUCUAUCAGGAUAGGCUAUUGUUUUGAUCAGCAACAAUAAGGGGCAUGUGGAGGAAAAGCUAUUAUGUUCCGACAAAAAAUCGGAAAUUCAAACAAAUACUGAGCAAUAUCGAGUGCUCGGUACCGAACACCAAGGUGACGUAGCGCUCUGUUAUUGGUCUUUGGACGCAUUCCGUUGUCCGGACACAAUAAUUACUCCAUAUGGAGGCUAGCUGGAACUUUGUUAGUUUCCAACAGAUAAUCUGAAUCUUAAUGAUUUGAUUCAUCCAUAUGAUAUGAAUAUUUAUGACCCAAAUCUUGGAAACAUCCCCUUUGUUAUAAGAGCCAGGCUGCUGCUGUCACAUGCUGGGUACUUUUUCCCCACAGUAAAAGUCAUUCAUAAAUGAUUUUUUAUUUA